AUGUAUUCUUAUAGUACUGGAAACCCAUUGUCACAUCGUCGAACUAGACCUCUGGCGGCCGCGGAACCACGCUCCAUUCCUGAGACAUAUAAAGAGCCUCGCAGCUCCAUUCCAGUGCGGCCAGAAUUUUCUCUGGAUGUUGCAGGAGAUCCGAUAGCAAGCGCAAAAUCGACGAGCUACACGCUAGUAGGUGGUGAGCCUAGGAGCCGUCGAGAUACCAUUCCUCGGACAUCUCCCAACAAUAGUGCAUCACCACCGUCGCGUCUGGGUUGGAGCUCUGGAGCUUGCUGGGAGCCAGGCUUUGCGAAUGAAGACAAGGAGCUUCCACUGCCUGUCCCGGAGAAAGAGGCUGUAGCUCAAGCCUCUUCGAGUGAUUUCAAAAAGAGCAUUCCCUCACAGUCUCACCCCGGCCAUGGCCUAUCUACUCGAACAUCGGCUAUGGGUUCGCGCUCCACCCUGGUCGACCAAGAUGGUUGGCAUCAGGGAGUCCUGGAGGGGAUGACCGGAAGCGUCAACGACGGCUGUAAGCAAGGAGAAGCUGCUCGCUGCACCAGAUCGACAUCAACGCGAUCACUGCACAUCGCAACGCGCCGGCUGCCCAUCAGAGGACCUCGGGUCACAUCACCAUUGUUGUUCGCCUUCGACGCGACCGACGGAGGUGAUAGUGACAGGGCUAGUUCACCACUGUUAUACCAGGACCUCAGUUUCUUCGGUGACUAUGAUGGGAAGGAUGAAACCAUGGGGACCCAUGAAGGCGUCAAAGGUGGCGGGGAGUCCUUUGCUCUCCCUUCAACAACGCCCCAAGAGAUGGACAUUGCAUCCUCCGGAGAGGAAUCAUUUGUAUUCAACUCUCAGUCCCCGCCGUCCUUCGACAUGGGAAGUCAGCAAAAAAUCGAAGACCUCGUUUUGGAGAUCGGGCAAGACUUGAUACGAGAGUUCGUCUCCUACAGAGGAGGGAUGACCGUACACACUCCUCAGAGCUCGCAAGAAUCACCCACAAGCUCCAACGGUGGAAUCCAGUCCACCCCGGGGUCUUGUUCAUCGAACAAGCAGGUGAACAAUGUGUCAGGAUCGUCCGGAAAGAACAAACGCCGAAAAGUCGACGGCGAUGAUGAGUCAAGAAAGCCACAGAGACCGCGCAUCGAGAGUCCCAUCCUGGAAGAUCUUGAUGCAGAAGGUCUUCUUGCCUGUCCCUAUGCGAAAUAUGAUCCAAAUAGAUAUUCGGAAAUGAACCCCAAUCUGCAUGAAAAGGCGUAUCGUCGAUGUCGAAGUGUAUGCUUGACAAGCAUCCCCCGACUGAAGCAGCAUCUUUACCGGGUCCAUCGGCGGCCGGAAUACUUUUGUUCGUCCUGCUAUACCGAAUUCGAGUCAGAAAGCGACGGCGAGCUUCACGCGCGGGCAAGGCCAGCUUGUGAUCUGAAAGACUGUCCCUUUGAGGAGAAGAUGACCCACGAGCAGUAUAAAGCAGUCAAGCGCAGGAAGAUGCGCAAAGACACCACGUCGGUGUGGUAUGGAAUCUUCGACAUACUCUUUCCCGAUGCGCAACGUCCAGGCACCCCGUAUAUUGAGGAUGCAAAUUCCCCGCCCAUAAGGCAAUAUGUCCGAGAUUACAACGUCUAUCUCGAAGCCCAUCUACCCCAGAGGUUGUCUGAAAGAAUGGGUGGUCCCCUCUUUGGCGGGGAUCCCAUGAUGUUUCAGUGGCUUGUCAAUAUGGCCCUCGAGGAGACUUUGCCAACUGUCCUGCGGGAGUUGCAUGAUACAUACCAAACACUGGGAUCUGUGGAAGGCGCCAAGGCCUAA